UCAUUCUGAAAUCGGCCAACCAAUGGUACGCAGUCCCCGCGACAUUGCAGCACUUGGUUUUUCAAUUAUCGUCCAGCAAUUCGCGGGUAAUUGUUUAUAAUAUCAAAUCAACAUUUUCGCAAUGCGCACGAUAGUGAAAAGCGAUAGUGAUUCACCAUCGUGCGGAUAUGGUAACGCUGCGGAUUGAACAAAAAAGUUGAGCGUAUUGUGCGACAUAAUAGGCAGCAACCCUCUACUCUCUUGGCUUUGUCGUUCCUUUUUUUUUGUGUUCCUCUUCUUGGUAACUGCGAUAACAAAUAAAGCUAUAACCUAGAAAACAAUGUAAUGGCGAGGAGGUACGACGUAGUCAGAGAGGGAUUCAUGGUGAAGAGGUCGCAGAACAAGAAGAGAUACACGCCCGUCAAUUUCAAACAGCGUUUCUUCCAGCUGACUACCAAGGCACUGACUUACUACGACAAUGACAUUUUCGAGAAACGCAAGGAGAAGGGCCGCAUAAAUUUGGAGACGGUGCACACGGUGGAAGUGGCUUUGGAGACAACCUUCGCCGAGGAGAACACUAUAACUAUCCAUUAUCCUUUUCUGGUCGGGUAUGAGGAGUGCGGCCAAGACUACACCCUCUAUCUGAACGCGCACAGUGAAUUGGAGAGGUUGGAAUGGAUCAAAUGCCUACGUAAUGUUUGCGCCAGUAACAAAUUAAAGGACAAAUAUCAUCAGGGAGUGUGGACAGGGAAACGCUGGGCCUGCUGCAAGGAAAGCUCGAGGAAUAGUAUUGGCUGUGUGAACUGCAUUUCUCGGACUUUCGUCUCCUCACACAUCGCAGACGAAUCCGAUCACAACAAGGAAAAUUUUAAUCAAGGUGCCCAGUCGAGCCCCAUCAUGCCUGGAGGGGGCGCCACCCCAGGUACACCAAGUGCCAAACUGAAAGAGAAGUCUAUGAUCAGGCCUAAAGUCGUUGUGGCUUUAUACAACUACAAAGCAAUCGAAACCGGAGAUUUGUCUUUGGAGAAGAACGCCGAGUAUGAAGUAAUUGAUGAUUCCCAAGAACAUUGGUGGAAAGUCAGAGAUAAUCAUGGAAAUACGGGUUUUAUUCCAAGUAAUUACGUUAAAGAGAAAGAAUUAAUUGGCCUUCAGCAAUACGAGUGGUAUGUGCAUGAUAUGUCCCGACAGAGAUCCGAAUCUUUGCUGAAACACGAGGACAAAGAGGGUUGCUUCGUCGUGAGAAAUUCAUCCACAAAAGGAUUGUAUACGCUCUCUUUGUAUACGAAAGUACCGCAUCCUCACGUCAAACAUUAUCAUAUCAAACAGAAUUCGCGGGCGGAAUUUUAUUUGUCCGAGAAGCAUUGCUGCUCUUCAAUACCUGACCUUAUCAAUUACCAUAAGCACAAUAGCGGAGGAUUGGCUUCAAGGCUUAAGACAAGUCCUUGCGAUCGUCCUGCUCCCGCGACAGCUGGUUUGAGUCACGAUAAAUGGGAAAUCGAUCCUCAUGAGCUUAUGCUACAUGAUGAACUUGGUUCGGGGCAGUUCGGCGUCGUGCGACGCGGAAAAUGGCGUGGAUCUAUCGAUGUUGCUGUUAAGAUGAUGAAAGAAGGUACUAUGUCUGAAGAUGAUUUCAUCGAGGAAGCCAAAGUCAUGACCAAAUUGCAACAUACCAAUUUGGUGCAGUUGUACGGUGUAUGCAGUAAAAACAGACCUAUUUUCAUUGUCACUGAAUAUAUGAGGCAUGGAUCUUUGCUUAACUAUUUACGAAAACACGAGCAAUCGCUCUCUAGCAACCAAGGACUUCUUCUCGAUAUGUGCAUACAGAUCUGUAAAGGGAUGGCAUAUUUGGAACGGCACAAUUACAUUCAUCGAGAUCUGGCUGCUCGUAAUUGUCUGGUCGGAUCGGAGAAUAUUGUGAAGGUGGCCGAUUUUGGAUUGGCAAGAUACGUACUGGACGAUCAAUACACUUCUUCCGGAGGAACCAAAUUUCCUAUUAAAUGGGCGCCGCCGGAAGUGCUCAACUACACUCGAUUCUCAUCGAAAAGCGAUAUCUGGGCGUACGGGGUGCUGAUGUGGGAAGUGUUUACAUGCGGAAAGAUGCCCUACGGCCGCUUGAAAAAUACAGAAGUAGUUGAGAGAGUUCAGAAAGGGAUAAUAUUAGAGAAACCCAAAGGAUGCUACAAAGAAGUUUUUGAUAUAAUGAGGAAAUGCUGGAGUCCCUCACCUGAGCAGAGACCAUCGUUCCGCAACCUGAAGGAUCAAUUAGUGAACGUUUCUCAAGGGAUCUUGGUUGAUUGACUGGCCCAGCUGGUGUGCGAAACUGCAACAAGAAGUUGUUCUUCGUCCGCAUCCUCCAGCUGCGACCAGUGCUCACACUACGAGCAAACUUGGAUCGGCUUUUGCCAAACCCUUUGUCGCGAGGCAAAGAAAAAAACCAAACAAUAAAAAUAAUCUCUGGAUUUUUUUUCAAAAUACAUAUAUCAAAAAAAAGCAAAUAAAACGA